AUGGGAUUAGACAGCGGAUUAAGUGAGAGUCGAAACCACUAUGGGCAAAGGGAGCACGAGAGGCCCGUAAAGUCCUCGGCCGAUGAGAUAUUGCAGGAGCAAACAUCAGAUGAGACUCGAAGUUCCGACAAUGAUGAAAUUCAGCAGCUCAUCAGCCAAGGCUUGAGGUCUUCACCUCGAUCUCUACCAUCUCUUCUGUUAUGGGACUCUGUCGGUCUUAAUUUAUACGAGAAAAUCACGGAGUCUCCUGACUAUUACCUCACUCGUGUCGAAGCAGAUGUUAUCCGCAAUAACGUCGACGCAAUAGUGCAGUCGAUUGGAGCUAAUGGGGUGAUUUUGGAGUUAGGAAGUGGGUCGCUAUCAAAGACAUCCAUCAUCCUUGGCGAGUUUGCCAAACGGGAGAUACCCGUAACAUACUUUGCGCUUGAUCUUUGCGCAUCGUCCUUGGCAAAAAGUCUCGAAGGGCUUCGUUCAUACUUGGGCCACUCGCCUUAUGUGACCUGCCAUCCCCUAUGCAUGACUUAUCAGGAUGGCGUUUCUUGGGUGGCGAAUCAGCAAUUUCUUCGCGGGAAAAGAGUCACAGUAUUGUGGCUGGGAAGCAGCUUAGCAAACGAGCCAGUGAAUGAGUUCCAGGAUCUUGUCAACGGCAUCACGACUGCAUAUACCAGCAGCUCAUCCACGUCGAAUAUCCAGUUUCUUAUUGGAGUUGACGGCAACAAAGACGCCUCUACUGUUUCCCGCGCAUACGAUACGUCGGAUGGGCUCUCCCGUCAAUUUGCUCUCAAUGGCAUCAACAAUGUUAAUCGGGCUUUGGGCGCAGACGUUUUUGAUGCAGACAAAUGGACAUUCAAUGGUACUUGGGAUCCCCAAGAAGAGGCUUUUCACACAAACAUCAAAUCUGUGGAAGACCAGGUUGUGUUCAUCGGAGAUCAGUCACUACAGAUUUCGAAAGGAGAAAACAUACGAUUUAUUCUCAGCCGCAAACUCAGCAGCAGCCAGUUCGAAAAAUGGCUUACCGGCACAGCACUUCAAACAAUGACGGUGUGGAAGCAUUCCAAGUUCAAUUACGGGCUCUACCAGCUAGCACCAGCGUCAAAGUCUAUGCUAUAA